CUCCGCGACUGCAGGAUGACGGACACUCAGUUUGCUCGCGCCCGCCAAACCACUACGACGCGACGUCCGGAAGUGACGUGUGGCUGCGCGUCCCGCCCCCUGACUUCCGGCAAGAGGCCUGAGCUCGCGCAUGCGGACGGAGCGCCAGCUCUAGGGAGCCAGUUCUGGGAUAAGGCACGCGAGUCUACACGAGGUCAGAGCGAAAUGGAGGAUUCGGCGUCAACCCCACCCGCAACCUCAGCCUCGACUUCAGCGACACCGGCCGCUCCGGAGGAACUGGACAAGGAGCAGAUCAAAAAAGCGGUGGAAGCUCUUUUGGCACAUUCCAGGUCCAGGAAAAAUGCGAAUGGAUUGCUUUUGAAUGAGAACGAAAAUUUCUUUUUAAUGGUGGUAUUAUGGAAAAUUCCAAGUAAAGAACUGAGGGUCAAAUUGUCCUUGCCUCAUAGUAUUCGAUCAGAUUUAGCAGAUAUCUGCUUAUUUACUAAGGACGAACCCAACGUAACUCCUGAAAAAACGGAACGUUUUUAUAAGAAGCUUUUGAACAAGCAUGGAAUUAAAACCAUUUCUCAGAUUAUCCCCUUUCGGACUUUAAAAAAGGAAUAUAAAGCCUACGAAGCCAAGCUCCGCCUCCUGGGUAGUUUUGACUUCUUCCUCACAGAUGCAAGAAUCAGGCGGCUCUUGCCGUCACACCUCGGGAGACAUUUCUACAACAGAAAGAAGGUUCCGGUAUCUGUAAACCUUCUGGCCAAGAAUCUAUCCAGAGAGAUCAACGAUUCAAUAGGCGGAACUGUCUUAAACAUCUCUAAAAGUGGUUCUUGCAGCACCAUACGCAUUGGCCAUACUGGAAUGCAGGUUCAGCACAUCAUCGAAAACAUUCUUGCUGUCACGAAAAGGCUUUCACAGAAAUUGCCAGAGAAGUGGGAGAGCGUGAAACUCUUGUACGUGAAAACCGAGAGAUCAGUUUCCCUUCCCAUCUUUUCUUCAUUUGUCAGCAGUCGAGGUGAAGCCAAAGGAGUGCGCACCCCUAGUCAGAAGAAAAAAGAUGCAAAGAAAAUGCAAAAACAAAAAGAAUAUCUUCAAAAACAAAAGGAGAAGAAAAGAAACAAAAGGCUUAUGAAACAGGCUAGAAAGGUUGCAUCAGCCCUACCUACAAAGGAGGCAGCCCCUAAAACAAGUGAUACGCCAGUGAAGGACCCUGAACCCCAGAAGAAAGAGACCUCCAAGCCUGAGAAGAAAGAGACCCGCAGAGUAAAGGCCCAAAAUAAAGUGCAAGACACAUCUGAAGAAGAAAUUCCACUAUUGGUCCCAAUAAGAAAAUCUCCCACCAAAGAAAAUGUAGAGAUACAAAAUCAUGCCACAGGAAAGAAGUCUCCACAAAAGGGUAGAAGAGGAGGGAAGAAGAGGAAGGCCUUAGCUUUGGAGACUCCGAAAGCGGCAGAGCCCAAAACCCCAGGGAAAGGCCCAGGGAAGAAGCCAAGAAUCAAAGAAGAGUUGGAGAAGGAACAAAACUCUCCCUUGGGGAAAAAAGACCCAAGACAGACACCCAAAAAGCCAGAGGCCAAGUUCUUCACUACAGCUAAUAAAUCUGCAAGAAAAGUUCCCCAAACCGCCAAACAAUGGUCCAAAAAACCCAAAGUGCCCCAGUCAACCUAAAAUCAGUGACUCAGCCAGGAGGAAACAUCAGAGCUGCGUGGGUAUUUUGAAAGAUACUUGGGUCCUGGCCCCCGUCAACAACCUUCUCCAAGAGUGAAGCCUAGACAUAAAUAUAUGUAAAACCCUCCACAAGUAAUUCUGAUACAUGUUCGUGAGUGUAAGAAACAGUAGUGAAUCUAUUUUUAAAAUUGUUCUUCCAUGUAUUUGCUAACAUAAUAGAGAGAAAAUACAGUGCUUUCCUGUGAUUGUGUUUUUUUAUUAAAGUGUUAACAUUUGCUUCUAAGUAAACUUUGCAUUCUGUA